AUGCCGUGUCUAAUUAUGACCCAUAUAGCGCAGUAUAUACUUCAAGGAUUGACCUGGGGUAUGUCAUAUAAAUUGGCAUCAUUCUGUGGGUACAUGUUCAACUUUACCAGAUUUACUGAAGCUUUACAUAGAGAAAAUAAAGAGAAUUCUGCACAAACAACCGUACAGCCUAGUGGUCAAACAAACAGUGUGCAAAAGAAGAGGCCUUGCUGUGUUUGCAAGGAAACCAGACUUGCUAGAGAUAUAUGCAUAUCAAGCAAUGGCGAGGAGAACUGCUCCACCUUUAUAGAUGCCCAUAACCAGUGCCUCAUUGCUGAAAAUUUCCAUGUCUAA